GUAUUAGUCCCGUUCCUUCCUUCCGGCACCCUGAAAAAACGUCACAGGUGCGACCGGAGCGAUGGCGGCGAAUAGGAAGAAUGUGUUGUCUUCUUUGGCUGUCUAUGCCGGGGACUCUGAGCCAGAAGCCGAAAGUGAUGGGGAGCCUGAGGAAGAGAAAGGAGGUUUGGUAUCCAGAGCAUACGGGCAGGACGACAUCUCCAGGAUUGAGGAGGAUGGAUCCAACAAGGAGGAUGAUGACGACACAAGCCAGUCAGAGGAGGAAGAAUCAGAGACUGAGAAUCAGGAGUCUGGUGAACCAAAGGAGAAGAUUCAAAAGUUGUAUGAGAAGAAGCUAAAAGAAGGGACCGAUAUGAACCGCAUUAUCCAAAAAAAGAAAGAAUUUCGGAACCCCAGCAUCUAUGAGAAGCUCAUCCAGUUUUGCUCCAUUGAUGAACUUGGCACUAAUUACCCUAAGGACAUGUUUGACCCUCAUGGAUGGUCUGAAGACUCCUACUAUGAGUCUCUUGCUAAAGCCCAAAAGAUCGAAAUGGAUAAGCUGGAAAAGGCCAAAAAAGAGCGAACGAAGAUUGAGUUUGUUACGGGCACUAAGAAGGGCACAACGACCAGUGCAACCACAGGCACUAGCAGUACCACAACCACAUCUACAACAGAUGCACAGAAGAGAAAAAGCAAGUGGGACUCCGCUAUUCCAAUGACCACCAUUGCUCAACCAUCUAUCCUCACCACCACUGCCACACUUCCCGCUGUUGUUACAGUCACCACAAGUGCCAGUGGCUCCAAAACAACUGUCAUUUCUGCUGUGGGUACCAUUCUCAAAAAAGCCAAACAGUGAAUAACCAGGAGACACCAGGAACCACAUAGAACAUUAUUGUAGGUCUUGAUUUUGGACCUUGAACUCUGUCCUUUUCCGAAGUUUAGAAGCCACGUGGCUUACUGACAACGAAUCACUGUGCGAGAGUCAUGGAGACAUAAUGCAGCCUACGUACUGGACACUGACUAGAUGGACUUCUCUGCUACCUUGUGCUCCAUUACAGGCAGCAGUUCAUAAUAACGGAUAUUGAGGAGGAGCUGAAUAAUAAUAUAUGAACUGCAAGUUCCAAAAAGUGUCUACUUUUUUUGUUUUAUUUUCCAUAUUAAAUUCUUAAGUUUUUUCUUUGCUUUGUCAUACCAUUAUGUUAUCUUACUUACCCCAAACCUAGAAAAUCUGUUCUGUCAAUGCUUAUGUUUAUAGUGUUAACCUGAAGAGCUUUUAGUCUAGUACAGUGUUCUUAUUGAUGAAACAUGUAGGUCCACUGUACGAUCCAGGGUUUGCUGUAAAUCUGUUUUAAUAUAUACUGAACUGUAAAUUAAAGGGGAACAAUUGCAAAAAUGAAAUUUUAAUAUAAGCUUCCUCAUACUGAAGUUAGAAACGUUCUAAAUACAAUCUAUUCAGCAUUCUGUACUGUUUCCGAAAUAAUCAAAAGUUUAUCUUCACUA